CCGGGGGCUGAGCAGCUCCAGAGCGGAGUCUUCGGUCUCCCUGGGCGCGGGGGUAGGGGCUGGCGGGAGCUGGGACCGGGGCCACGGAGGACCCAGGUGAGUCGGAACCUUGUGCCGGGAGCGGGGCCAUCUAGAGGUUCGAGGUGAGCUGGGACCCUGUGCAGGACCAGGCCGCGCUCCCAGCCGCCAGGGGGCGAGCGGCGGCGGGGCUCCGGGAGCUGACCCCUCCCAGCACUGGGAACCUGGGCGUCCGCUCGGCGAGGGGGUGAAGGGGACGGUAAAUCAGUAACCCGCAGCGCACACAAGGGCCUUUUGUCCCGCUCCGUCCAAAGAGCACCCUGGCCGCGGAGCUGGUUACUCAUUGCCCACCGGGGCGGGGGCGGGCCAGCUGUCCCUGCAGCUCCCUUCAGGACCCGCUGACGGGCACUUCCCCUCAAGGUGGCCGGGUAGGGGUGGAGGAGGAACAGCGCGCUGGUCCCUCUGCUGCUGGACCGUGUGCGCGCCCCGAAUAGAGAUGAGCAAGUUGAGGCUCCGACAGGUGCAGUCAUUUGCCCAGGCUCCCCAAGCGCUUGAGUGCGAGAGGCUGGAGAACACAGGACUCCUUGAUGCCAGAGUCAGGCCCUUCGACCCCACGUGCAGGGCAGUCAGUCGGUCAGCUGCGGGCAGGUGACCCGACUAAGGUUCUGAGGUCAGGGUAGCCUGGGGGUGGGAAUAAAAUCCCUGGGCCUCUCACUCCACUCCCAACCCAGAGAACUGCCCUCCCUGCAGAGCAGAGCAGAGUGAGGGGAUUUCACAGAGACGGGGCAAUGGAAACCGGGGGUGGGCACAGAGACAGUGGCAUCUGAACCAGCUGGAGAAGUGGGGACAGAGAGGUAUGGGCAAGAGAGAAGACAUGCCCGGUUUGGAAAGCCAAUGGCUUCCCAGUGCUGAAGAAGCUGACUGUGCAGCCAAUGAGAUUGACAAAGGCAGGGAGGGAGGCCUUGGAUGCUGGAUAAACAGUGUGGACUGGAUCCUGCUGCACACAGGCAGCCAUUAAGGGCUUGUAAGCUGGUGGGUGUUGGGGGGUGGGGGGCGGAACAUGGCAGACUUGUAAUUUUUAAAACACUGCUGGAGAACCCAGGGAGACAUUUGCAAAGGCCCAAGCUAGAGAUGACCAUAGCGUGCUCUGGGUUCAGGCAGGGAAGGUGAGAUGGACUAGAGGGGGAUUGGACAGGUUGUGCUCCAGCUGUAGGGGCAACCCAGGGAAGAAGCAGUUCAAAGGGGGAGAUAAUGGCUUUGGCCAGGACAGGCUAAGUGUCCCCUGCCUCAGAACCAGAGCUGGACAGGGGGGCAGUGGCUGAGGAGAGAGUGUGCAGUGGAAUUCCCGGGCAAGGUGGAUCCAGAGACACCAGUGCCACCUGACUGUUACCCAGCCCCAGGUGACAGCCAGUAAGCCCCUGGGACUACACUAGUCACCCUCUUCCCCUGCCAGCUGAGGCUCAGUUUUGAGUGUUCCUUUCAGAGGAUGGAGACAUCGUUGGUGGCAUUUGGAGGAGGGUAACUAGAUGGGGUGGGAGUGUACAUCACACCUGACAGGAACAGCACCCGCAGCGGAGGUGACUGGCCGAGAGCUGAACAAGGGUGACAGUCAUGGGGACGGGGAAGGGGAAGAAAACAUUCCAACAUUCUGUGUGCCCAGCCCUACAUACAUUCUCUUUUCUCCUCAAAGCAGUCCUGUGAGGACAGCAGCCCAGAGAAGGACAGGGACUUGCAAGUUGGUAAGAGUCAGGAUUUGAAGUUGACUCUGUCAGACACUGGAGUCUACAUUCUUUACAAGAGCUUGUGUGCCUCUGACGGAGCUGUGGGGACACAAAAAAACAGAGGUAACCCCAGAAUGCAAUUCUGGUUCAGAAUGAGGAAGAGCUUUUGCUUGCCGUAGAAUGUACUGCCUUGUUAGUAGUGAGCACCCUGCCACUGCAGGUAUCCAAAGCUGGUCAUGGAAAUGUCAGCAAUGCUGUAAGGAGUGGGGGUCAGAUCAGAUAACAUCCAGAUGCUGAAGUUUGGCCUUGUAUUAUAUUUCAGAUUUUUUUCAGUAAUAAAUUCAUUUAUUCAGCAAAAAAUAAAUUAUGUGUGCUGAGAGAGAGCAGAAUAUGUGUCUCCAUUCUCUGCUUCCUUCCAAGGAAAGAAUCCCAAGCCUGCCCUUUUUGUGAACUUGUGCCGGGGUCUCAGCAGGACCCAAGGAGAGCAGGAAGCCCAGCCCCAGCUCCGCACCACACAACCUACUGUGGGGAGGCCUUGGGCUCUGACAACAGCAGAGCUGGUUCUAGUCUCUGCCCUGACGCUGCCUAGCAGGGGCUUGAACAAGUCAGCAUUUCUUGUCUCAGUUUCCUCGUCUGCAAGAUAGCGGCGUAGCGCCAACAAAGGUGCACGUCUAGCAGGAGUUCUUCGCCCUUUCUGUUUCAGGAAGGCAGUCAGUGGGAGGCCCAGCCUGGGUCCCUGCGAGCAGCAAGAAGGAGAUGUGGCUGCUGUUGGCCCUGUUGGGGGUCCUGCUGGGGGCACCUGGGGCUCCAGCUUUGUCCCUUGAGGCCUCUGAGGAAGCGGAGCUGGAGCCCUGCCUGGCCCCCAGCCCAGAGCAGCAAGAGCAGGAGCUGACUGUGGCGCUUGGGCAGCCUGUGCGGUUAUGCUGUGGGUGGGCUGAGCGCAGUGGCCACUGGUACAAGGAGGGCAGUCGCCUGGCACCUGCUGGCCGGGUACGAGGCUGGAGAGGCCGCUUGGAGAUCGCCAGCUUCCUACCCGAAGACGCUGGCCGAUACCUCUGCCUGACACGAGGCUCCAUGCUUGUCUUGCACAAUGUCACCUUGGUUGUGGAUGACUCCAUGACCUCCAGCAAUGGUGAUGAGGACCCCAAGACCCACAGAGGCCCCUCGAAUGAGCACAUUUACCCCCAGCAAGCACCCUACUGGACACACCCCCAGCGCAUGGAGAAGAAACUGCAUGCAGUGCCUGCCGGGAACACCAUCAAGUUCCGCUGUCCAGCUGCAGGCAACCCCAUGCCCACCAUCCGCUGGCUCAAGGAUGGACAGGACUUCCAUGGGGAGCAUCGCAUUGGAGGCAUUCGGCUGCGCCACCAGCACUGGAGCCUGGUGAUGGAAAGCGUGGUGCCCUCGGACCGUGGCACAUACACCUGCCUUGUGGAGAACUCUUUGGGCAGCAUCCGCUACAGCUAUCUGCUGGACGUGCUGGAGCGGUCCCCGCACCGGCCCAUCCUGCAGGCGGGGCUCCCAGCCAACACCACAGCUGUAGUGGGCAGCGACGUGGAGCUGCUCUGCAAGGUGUACAGCGACGCCCAGCCCCACAUCCAGUGGCUGAAGCACAUUGUCAUCAACGGCAGCAGCUUCGGUGCCGAUGGCUUCCCCUAUGUGCAAGUCUUAAAGACAGCAGACAUCAAUAGCUCGGAGGUGGAGGUCCUAUACCUUCGGAAUGUGUCUGCUGAGGAUGCAGGCGAGUACACCUGCCUGGCGGGCAAUUCCAUCGGCCUUUCCUACCAGUCAGCCUGGCUCACGGUGCUGACAGAGGAGGAUCUCAUGUGGUCGGCAACAGCGCCUGAGGCCAGUUCUCCCUGGAGUCAGGCUCCUCAGCCAAGUCAAGCUCGUCCCUGGUGCGGGGUGUCCGUCUCUCCUCCAGCGGCCCCCCCUUGCUUGCGGGCCUCGCUGGUCCUGGGAAAGCCCCUGGGCGAGGGCUGCUUCGGGCAGGUGGUGUGUGCAGAGGCCUUUGGUAUGGACCCCAUCCGGCCUGACCAAGCCAGCACUGUGGCCGUCAAGAUGCUUAAGGACAAUGCCUCCGACAAGGAUUUGGCAGACCUGGUCUCUGAGAUGGAGGUGAUGAAGCUGAUUGGCCGACACAAGAACAUUAUCAACCUGCUGGGUGUCUGCACCCAGGAAGGGCCCCUGUACGUGAUUGUGGAGUGUGCCGCCAAGGGAAACCUGCGGGAGUUCCUGCGGGCCCGCCGCCCCCCAGGCCCUGACCUCAGCCCUGACGGGCCUCGGAGCAGCGAGGGGCCACUCUCCUUCCCUGCCCUGGUCUCCUGCGCCUACCAGGUGGCCCGGGGCAUGCAGUACCUGGAGUCGCGGAAGUGCAUCCACCGGGAUCUGGCUGCCCGCAACGUGCUGGUGACCGAGGACAAUGUGAUGAAGAUCGCUGACUUUGGGCUGGCCCGCGGCAUCCACCACAUUGACUACUACAAGAAAACUAGCAACGGCCGCCUGCCUGUCAAGUGGAUGGCACCUGAGGCCUUGUUUGACAGAGUCUACACACACCAGAGUGACGUGUGGUCAUUUGGGAUCCUGCUGUGGGAGAUCUUUACCCUCGGGGGCUCCCCAUACCCUGGCAUCCCAGUGGAGGAGCUGUUCUCGCUGCUACGAGAGGGGCAUCGGAUGGACCGGCCCCCACACUGCCCCCCAGAGCUGUACGGGCUGAUGCGUGAGUGCUGGCACGCAGCACCCUCUCAGAGGCCCACUUUCAAGCAGCUGGUAGAGGCACUGGACAAAGUCCUGCUGGCCGUCUCUGAGGAGUACCUCGACCUCCGCCUAACCUUUGGACCCUACUCCCCUGCUGGCGGGGACGCCAGCAGCACCUGCUCCUCCAGCGACUCUGUCUUCAGCCACGACCCCCUGCCCCUGGGGCCCAGCCCCUUCUCCUUCCCUGGGGUGCAGACAUGAGAGCGGCACAAAGUUGUAUGGGCAGGCCGGCCAUCAGCCUUGGGCCUCCUGGCUGAGCUGCAAGCUGGUGGUGCUUGACCUUGGCACCCCCAGGCCCUGACCUAAAGGUACUGUCCCAGAUCUCUGGUUCUGCUUUGGGGAGGUCUGUCUUUGGUCCUGGGGUCCCCAGUUGAGACUCCUGCUCUGGCCUCUGGGUCUCAAGCCAGAGUUCAACCCCAGUCUCAAGGCCUUGCCCUUGCCUUGGAGUCAUGGCCCCAGUGUUCUAAUGGCUUGUUAAGGUUCUGCUUGGCCUCCUGGGCCUGGGCACUCGGUCCUUGUUCCAGGGCUUUGGUUGGUCCUGGCUGUAGGGCUGUCCUAAAUCUCCCCACUUCCCUACACCAAGAAAGGUCUUGGGCCUCUGAACCCCAUGUCCCCAGGCCUCCCCUGCCUCCCCUCUGCUGCUUAUCCCAGCAUCUCGGCGGAAGGAGCACUGGCCCCUUUGCUAGCUGAGAGGCUGGAAGCCUGCCAAAACACAGAAGCAAAUGGCCUUUUAUAAAUUAUUUUUUUU